AAAACAAAAAUCUCCCGCGAAAUGCCUCAAAUAGAUUGACGUUGUGUGUCACAGAUCAAAAGUCAACAAACUAUUUAAUCUAGACGAAAACUUCAGGGGACGUUGACAGAUUCGAUUGCGCAUUUCGGUCGGUAAAUAUUACUCAUAGAACUAUGUGGUUCUUUCCGGUAUCGUCUCCCCGAUAGCGGAACGAACCUCAUACAUAUAGUUCACCAGGUAGGAGCAGGUUGCUCAUAUAGUUCGAUUGGAAUUGGUGGAAAUGUUGGAGCGGUUGAACGAUCACAAGUUCCGCUUAACUGUUUAGGAAAAUAAACAGAAUCAGAUGCACAACCCUACAACUCCCUAUCCAAUGGCAUAAUGACAUCAUCAUCAAUGAGGUCUGGUGACCUGUCUCAGAUCCCAUGCACUCCUGUGAAUGAAGGCGGUCGGGUCCCACCAGGAUGUAUCGUCACAAGCCAAAGAUGGAAAGGCUCGGAACUAGUCAAAACACUGAAAGGCCGACUAAAGGUAGUGAUUGAAGAUAACCUUGGAGUGAUUGACUUCCAUCCUUCCAACGAGGCUGGGGUGAUCUACGUCUCAGAGACAGAUCUCGUUGCUGGCAGCAACUUCAAACAGAAAAUAGCAAAACUCAGGAAGGCUAACAGUCUAAGGGGGAUCGUGAUAGCUGAGCUCACCCCAGUCAGCAACCAGUACUACGGUGAACUACAGAAGUUUGUUAUCUUAGAGUUGGGGCUCAGGCUACUCUUUGUCUCAUCUCAAGCAGAGGCUGCGAACCUUCUUAUCCAAAUGGUGAAUGAGGAGCACAAACCCCACGCCAACCCUUUUCUUGUAAAGAGACGUAAACAACCUAUUGAUGCAGUGGUCCUGACGUUAGUGCAACUCAUCCCGAAUGUGGGUCCAGUCAAAGCCAAACACCUCCUACAGAAGUUUGGUAGUAUCAGAGGAAUCAGUAAUGCCAGUGAAGAGGCAAUAGCUGAAGUGGUUGGCAAGAGCAAGGCGAGUAAUAUCAGGUCAUUCUUCCUGCACAAGACUUCAUUGUUUGCAAAUCAACCACCAUCAGUGACUUGAACCCUCCCAGGCAGUGGGCUUCAUUUGGAAUUGAGUUUAAAUCCAAGAGUCUUUGGCUACGCUUGUUGGCUACGCUUGUUGGCUACGCUUGUUGGCUACAGCUACAUUGUUGAGGAGUAGGCCUAUUCAGCGAAUUAGCCAUAGCCACAUCAAUGCAGACAUGGCAUACAUGUACGCGUGUUUUAAUUCCACUGUAAGCCACAGGCCUGGAAUUUCAUCUUCGAGAGGGCAAGGCCAUUUGCUUUUUGCAAAGGGCACUUCAAUUGGACAAUCUUAAAGUCAAUGGGAAACUUCUGAAGGGGCACCAAGGCCAUGACUGUAUGGGGUCAACAUUGCAUCGAUGUGUACUCGGAACUUUCCCGAGUUCUGUGAAAACAAAUCACAGGCAUAUUACUCGGGUGGGAUUCAAACCCACGACCCUUGCAAUUCUAGAUCAAUGUUAUACCAACUAAGUACACAUUGAGGUGGCCGGCUUAUUGGUAUCAGCUUUAAGUGCUUACCCUCCUUGUUCAAUCACAAGAGAGCUUACUAAUAUUUCUGAAUUACUGUCGGCCAGGGGAUGUUUUUAUUUCCAACUACCUUUAAAAUAAAUAAAAUGUGGAAUUUACCAGCUGGUUUUGAGGCUAACAAGGACAUUAUACAUGCGAUAUGUUUACAUACAUGAACACUUUAAAACGAAUGAAUGAAUAGUACAAUUAAAAUGAUAUUAAAUAUUACAAACCACAAGGGAAACUUACUGGGUAAAUUUUAGUUAAUUUGGGGUUGAACAAAGAAAAAAUGUUAAACCCAGAAUUCAGAAUUAAAAGGACUGACAAGAAUAUAUGCACUAACCACAGUGUAUAACCAGUUUAUAAACCCAAUGAUAAACCCAGUGUUUUGUAAGUACAAAGUGGCAAUAAUUGUACUUUGAAAUUUUGGGAUCAAAUGUGCAAAUCUUCUGUUUAUUUAUUUAUUGUUGUACCAUUUUGUAAAUAAAAUGUACUUUGCACAUGACAUUUGUGACAUGAUA